UUGGAAAGACCUAAAAUUGUAAUUGAACCCUGAAGAAAAAGUAAAAAUUUGCAAAAGCAAGUCCAAAAGUUUCAAUUAUUUAAUUUUGCGUCCCCCACUCCCCGAAAAAGAAAGAAAGAAAAAGAAAAAAGGCAUUAUUGUUAUUAUUAUUAUAGCCUUUCAGUAGUUCCUAAUCUCUUCCGCUCGUGGCCUCCCUCUGUUCAACGCUUUCAUUGAAGCUGCCGCCCAUCCUCAUCUCUUCCAACUUUCACAUUAAAAAAUCGAUCCGUAAUUUCAAAAUUUUCCAUUUCUACCACCAUGAUCCAUCUCUCACUCUAAACUCUCCCCAAAUUCUAUACCAUGAAGCGAGACCACACCCAACAAUCCUCAAAUCCAGCCGCCGCCGGCAAGCCCAAGAAAUGGGCAGUCGAAGAGGAGGAAGACCACGACAAGCAUCUAGCUGCUCUUGGCUACAAUGUCCGGUUGUCGGACAUGGCGGACGUUGCUUUGAAACUGGAACAGUUAGAAAUGGUAAUGGGUUUGUCGGAAGAAGAUGGAAUUUCUCACCUCUCUUCAAAUACAGUCCAUUACAAUCCUUCCGAUGUUUCUUCUUGGGUUCAAAGCAUGCUCGUUGAACUCAAUACUCCGCUUCAAUCCCAGGGAAUAAUUCACGACCCUGUUCUUGCCAUAGCUGAAUCCACUUCCUUCUCCGUGGCCGCUGCCUUCACCAAUGAUUCCGAGUACGAUCUCAGAGCCAUUCCCGGCGUUGCUGCUUUCCCACAAAUCGAUUCCUCCAACCCCAGAAAGCGAUUCAAGAAAUCUGAUUCUGAAUCCCUUCUUGUUACUGCAUCUUCUUCUACUUCUUCGUCGUCCUCGUCAGAGCCGUCGCGCUCGGUGGUUCUGGUGGAUUCUGCCGAGACUGGUGUCCGUCUAGUCCACAGCCUUCUCGCCUGCGCAGACGCCGUCGACAAUAACAAUCUAAAUCUCGCCGAGGCUCUACUCAAACACAUCAGAUUCCUCGUUGAGGCUCAGGCAGGUGCUAUGAGGAAAGUCGCCGGAUAUUUCGCUCAAGCUCUCACUUACCGGAUUUACAGAUUCUACCCACCGAAGCCCUUCGAUUAUUUAUCUUCAUACACCGAUCUUCUUCAAAUGCAUUUCUAUGAAACUAGCCCCUAUCUGAAAUUCGCCCAUUUCACUGCCAAUCAAGCCAUUCUCGAAUCCGUUGGAUCUGCUAGUUCCAUCCACGUCGUCGAUUUCAACCUCCAGCAAGGUCACCAAUGGCCGCCGUUGAUUCAGGCUUUCGCGCUCCGACCAGGUGGGCCUCCGGCGUUUCAUCUUACUGGAGUCCGCCACACGCUCGAGGAAAAUUCCACAGACGGAUUACAGGAAGUGGGUGCGAAAUUGGCGCAAUUCGCGGAAAAAUUCGGCAUGAAAUUCGAAUUCCGUGGGUUCUUCUGCAACAAUUUGGCCGAUCUCGAACCGUCGAUACUCAAUUUAGAAACAGAAACCGUCGCUAUAAGCUCCAUUUUCGAGCUCCACCGUCUACUUGCCCAUUCAGGCGCGAUCGAAAAAGUUCUAACCACAAUCAAAGAACUGAACCCCAAAAUCAUCACUGUCGUGGAGCAGGUCGCGAACCACAACGGGCCGUCGUUCGUGGAUCGAUUCACUGAAGCACUACACUAUUAUUCAAGCUUAUUCGAUUCGUUAGAAGGGUCGCCAGCAGGGGAGGAGGAUGUGGUGAGGUCAGAGGAGUAUUUAGGGAGGCAAAUCUACAACGUAGUGGCGUGUGAAGGUUCUGACCGUGUGGAGCGGCAUGAAACGGUGGCGCAGUGGCGGAGCCGGUUGAGCUCGAGUGGGUUCGAGAUGGUUCAUUUGGGUUCUAACGCAUUCAAUCAGGCGAGUACUUUGCUGGCGGCUUUGUUCGGCGGUGGAAAUGGGUACAGAGUGGAAGAGAAUAAUGGGAGUUUGACGUUGGGAUGGCACACUCGGCCGCUCAUAGCCACCUCAGCCUGGACGGUGGCCGGAGGCGGUGAGUCGACUCGACCGAGUUAAGGGCGGAUCUGAACUUUUUUGACGGAGAGAGGGAAAUAGAAAGAAAGUGGUGAUUUUGUGUAAUUCUUCUUUGUUUACUUUGUUUUAUUACUACUCUCUUACUCUCUUUUUUUUUUUUUUUGUGAAAAUAUUGGAGAAGGUGGGUAAGAGAAGUCCUUUUAGGGUUCGGAUUUUAACUUCAAUUUUGCCUUUUGUGGAAUGUAUGCAAUAAUAUGUAUUUAUUUUCUUUUUA